GAGAGAGAGAGAGAGAGAGAGAGAGAGAGAGACCAGAGAGAGAGAGAGAGAGAGAGAGAGAGAGAGAGAGAGAGAGACACACACACACAAAGAGAGUGAGCGACAGACGAGAGAGAAAGAGAGAGAGACCCCAUGGGCACAACUCAGACACUGAAACAGUCAUCAUCUUCCAAGGACCAGAACAACACAGGUGAGAGAGAGACAAGAGAUUCUGACCAUGGCGUCGUUCGAACCUCAGGGCCAGUCUCCUCCUUGCUGUGGCCCCCAGUUCCCCAGCUUGGGACAGGAACCUCCAGAACUCAGCAUGUACAGUGACUGCUACUACCCUCCGCCAUCGCUCCCCAGCCCCCAGCGCACCCCCGACACCUCCUACGACUACAGCACCUCCUCCCCCAACCCUUACCUGUGGUUCAACGGAUCCGGCAUCAACGCUCCCCCUUACUUGGCCACUGCCGGGCCUCCAGGUAACCCCGGGCCCCCCUUCGUCCCCCAGCACUACGGAAUGCAGAGGCCCUACCUGGGGUCCAGCGGGGCGGGGGUCCCUGGGGGGGAGCUGAGCUGGUUCUCUCUGCCCUCACAGGAAGACCUGAUGAAGCUGGUACGCCCACCCUACUCCUACUCUGCCCUCAUCGCCAUGGCGAUCCACGGCGCCCCGGAGCGGCGGCUUACCCUGAGUCAGAUCUACCAAUACGUGGCCGAUAACUUCCCCUUCUACAACAAGAGCAAGGCUGGCUGGCAGAACUCGAUCAGGCACAACCUGUCACUUAACGACUGCUUCAAGAAGGUCCCCAGAGACGAGGACGAUCCUGGUAAGGGUAACUACUGGACACUAGACCCAAACUGUGAGAAGAUGUUUGACAAUGGAAACUUCCGUCGUAAGAGGAAGAGGAAGUCUGAUUCGCUGUCUGGAGGAGAGGGGGAGUCAGUAGGGCUGGAGUCAGGUGAUCCCAAUGACCGGGGGAGUCCCCCACCCCCCAGCAACCAUGGGAUCGACAUGUCCCCCACGCCAGAGAUAAUCCCCUCCCCUUCCUCCUCAGGUACCGCCCCUUGCCUGAGCAGCUUCCUGUCUGAGAUGUCUGGAGUGGCAUCUGGGGGAGCCAAUGUAAUCGGAGGAGAUUCGCUGAACCAUGCCCUGCCCAUAACCCUUACCCUGGAUGGGACCCAGAGGCCUACACACCCUGGGGGUUUUGGUAGUUACUGCCCUAGCUCAGGUGCAUUUCUACCCUGGCUUGGGCUCAGCAAGCAUCCUAUACCCAGCACAGAAGUCUGA